GAGUAUCGAAUAGACAUCGAUUUGGUUCCAUCGCUACUGCAACCGACGCGGACAUUAGAAGAAACUUAGUUUCUAGUAAAUGAAUUAAUUAAUUGACCACCCGAAGCAGCCAUCACACCCAAGGGACAUGGAGAACGCCGACAAAGACUGAUUUCCACACCGCGCAAGUGCAAGUGCAAUAAACGCAAUAGAUGCCGAGCUGGGCGAUCAAGAACGCAAUAUAGAAAAAAGUGAGACACAUGAGAAAAAAAAACUGAGACUGAGUUCGCUGUUGUGUGUAAAUGCAAAUGAUUUAUUUUCGUGCAGCAGCAGCAACCACAACAACAACAACAGCAGCACAGAGGUAGCGAAAAUAACAAAAAGAAAAAGGUGAAUAUAUGAGUGUGUGUGCGGGUCGCGUUUAAGAAAAUUAGAUAAAAAGCCAAAUGAAAUUAGCUCACGCCUGAAUUUCGAGUUUCGGUGCGGCGCAAGGUGAACGAAAAGGCGAAUAGCAAUCAAAACAGUUUUUCCAUUUUCCCAGUGUGCGUGUGGCAGUGGAAAAACCACCUGCAUUGAUUUAUAUAUGUAGUAAAAAACAAAAAACAAAAAAACAGCAACAAAAUAUAUAUAAAAAACGGAACUUGCACCGAGGAUAUAUACACACACAUGCUGCCUGUAUGCGAGCGUGUGUGUGCAUGGCCGUAAAGGCUGACUGAUAAAAAAGGAGAAAAACAACAAUAAAAAACAAGAAAAAAAUAAAGCAUUCACACGUACGCGCACACACCAAGGCAGCGGGGCACCCAUACCACAGCAGCAUUUCUUGGAGGCAGCCUGCCAUCCCGAAGCAGAAGAGAGCCAUUGCCGGAAGCGCCGGAAGGGCGAAGUACCCGAACCUGAACCUGGCGAGGAUUGCAGGGACCGAGCAGUAUUGUAGACACAUUCGUGCCGCCGCUAGAGCCCUUCCGAUGUCCAAUAAAAUCAAUCCGAAGCGCCGCGAACCGACAGCAGCAGCAGCAGCAGCAGGAGCCGGGGUCACGGGAGUGGCCACCAACACGAGCAGCUCGACGGGAUCCUCCAGUGCCGGCAACACGUCCUCGGCCAACACAUCCUCGUCGUCCAGCUCCUCGCUGUCGUCCGCCGGCGGCGGUGAUGCGGGCAUGUCCGCCGAUCUGACCUCGCUGUUCGAAUGCCCCGUGUGCUUUGACUAUGUGCUGCCACCGAUCCUGCAGUGCUCCAGCGGGCACCUGGUGUGCGUCUCCUGCCGCUCCAAGCUCACCUGCUGCCCCACCUGCCGCGGCCCGCUGGCGAAUAUCCGCAAUCUGGCGAUGGAGAAGGUGGCCUCGAACGUCAAGUUCCCGUGCAAACACUCCGGCUACGGCUGCUCCGCCUCGCUGGUGUACACGGAAAAGACGGAGCACGAGGAGACGUGCGAGUGCCGGCCCUACCUGUGUCCGUGCCCGGGCGCCAGCUGCAAGUGGCAGGGCCCGCUGGACCUAGUCAUGCAGCAUCUGAUGAUGUCGCACAAGAGCAUCACGACGCUGCAGGGCGAGGAUAUCGUGUUCCUGGCCACCGACAUAAACCUGCCGGGCGCCGUCGACUGGGUGAUGAUGCAGUCCUGCUUCGGCCACCAUUUCAUGCUCGUGCUGGAGAAGCAGGAGAAGUACGACGGCCACCAGCAGUUCUUUGCCAUCGUCCAGCUGAUCGGAUCGCGCAAGGAGGCGGAGAACUUUGUCUAUCGCCUGGAGCUGAACGGGAAUCGGCGGCGACUCACCUGGGAGGCCAUGCCGCGUUCGAUCCACGAGGGCGUGGCCUCGGCGAUUCACAACUCGGACUGCCUGGUGUUCGACACGUCGAUUGCGCAACUGUUCGCCGACAAUGGCAACCUGGGCAUCAACGUGACCAUAUCCCUGGUCUAAGCGCACUGUCAAUUCGUCGAGUUCUUUAAUAUUUUUGUGUUUAAUCCUUCGGUACAUAUACAUAUAUAUAUACACAUAGUUUAUAGCCCUCUGUUCGCGUCAGGCGUUCAACUCUUGGACAGAUUGUGAGAAGGGAGAUUUUGGCAGAGUUGUUUUAUAAAAAUGAUUCUCUAUUCUAAGAGCCACUUA